UACUGCAGACGACAGAUGCCAGUUAUCGUCUGUUUGUGACCAAAACAGGAUCUGGAAUUUAAAGUUUUGUGUUUUCCAUAGCAACAUCACAGGAUGAAGCGGUGCAUGUGCGCGGCUCUAUGUCUCCAGUUCGCAUACGUCCUGUCAGCUCCAACGCAAGCGCCGAGCACUGAACUUGAGAGUAACAACGUCGAACAAGAGCUUGUCAACCAUUUCCGAUCCGCGGCAGACGACACUGCUAACAAUGGUCACCCUGCAGGAGAUUCAAAAAGCUCAGACGAAUCGAUGGACGAAGACAGUUGGUAUGACAUAACAGUUGGUGACGUCAUAUUUGACGUUCUUCUGACACUACGCCAACACCCGGAAAUUGUCAAAGAAUUGAUAGCAAGUGAGAAAGAGAAAAUAGCCGAGCAAAUAGAUACGUACAACAACUUCCGAGAUAAAGUUGUUAACCCGUCUGAGUUUGAAGAAACUGCGGAACAAUUGAACACUGCUCCUAAAAGAGUCGAGAAAAAGGCAGGUCGUGAAGGAAUGCCUGUAAACUCCGCUGAAUUGGGAGGCUUAGAGAAUAAGAGUGCAGACGACCUUACAGCAGAUGGGUUAACGAGCGAAGAUUCUGAUGCUCGUGAUACUCAUGAAUCGGACGAAUGGCGAGGAGUAAUGGGUGACAUCACAGAAGGCGGUCAGGACGAUCCAAUGUUUAAUUACGAGAAGGAAAACAACGUAUUGAACUAUGCCAAUCAACCGAAUACAGAUUUUGGAACAUCCGGGUAUCCAUUCAAUACGGCGUUUCCGUUCUUGAAGCCUGGAUCCACGGGAGAUUCGUUUGCAGACGACAAUGGUUCGGACUCUGAUGACACCCAUCCGCCACAUGCAGACGACACACCAACAAGCACAGCAGAAGACAAAACUGAUGAGGACGAUUCUGCCGAGCUACAUGAACACCCGCUACCACUUGGGCCAGUACGUCCCUACCAAGAUGAGGACAUUGUGAAGAUGUAAUAUCCACUGUGGGACCCAUAAAACAGCUCACGUCAAUGUAUAUAUAUAUGCUUUUGACAGCAACUUCGUUGACACAUUUUGAGUCAGUUUUAAUACAAAAUGAGCAGGGCAUUUUUCUCCGAAUCAUGAUAAACAACCUUUACAAAAAACAAAGAGGUAUUAGAAUCAUUUUGAGUUUUAUUGAAUUGCUAGUGGACUGUUAAUGGGCGUUGCCAGUUAAGUAAAUCAGAUGCAAAUUCUAUGAAGGCAUUGCUUUGACUGGACUUAAAUAUCGCCCGAGAUUCUAUACACCUUAAAAUCACUUAUUAAAGAAAUGCAUUUGAAAAUUGUCGUCUUAAAAUAUUACGAGCUUAGUUAACGAAUGAAAAAAGAUGCAGUUAAAUGCAUAGAAAAAUAUUCUAUCCGUUAAAUUAUGAUUGUUUAUGGCAUUUUUAAGCACACGCGGAUAUGCUCUUAUAAUGUGAUAAUUUUAUGUCAUCAUUUUUAAUUGUAUACGCUCUUUACUUGUGUCUUACACCAAAACACAAAAACAUCAACGAUGUCAUCGCUAUUAACAGCAAUAACUUCAGAAAUGUAUCUUAGCCUAAUCCGUGGGACUUAUUACGAAUAUGAUAAAGCAUGGGUUAAUUUGUUCGAAUACAAGUAUCAUAAUCUUACAAUAUAUUCAUAACCUUUAUGCUAUACUUUAAAAAAAAAUUGGCUUAGCAGCGAUGUAUAAAUAGCAAUAGCAGAAAUAAAAGUUCUCUGAGUUAUUGGAAACUGGAAACUCAAGUCUCAUGCAAAUUUGUUUUAUGAGGCGACUAUUGUAUUUGAAUUAUAUAGUGCCACAUUUCCGCGAUGUAUUGAGGUAAAACGUAUAUACUAUUGUGGUGGUCGUGUUCGUGAUAUUGUUGUUGUGUUCAUAUGAACGGCUCCGUGUCGUUAAAACAGUUAAUAGUGUCAUAUAAAUGCAUUUAAAACACACACAAAACGACCGACUUACGAUAAAUGUCUCUAUUUCUUGUUCUAAUAGUAUUAGUUGUACGCAAUACAUGUGAUUGCAUAUGUGUUGUUUAAGCAGGUUCUUAAUAAAUACCUACCCAUUACGAACAUACGUUUUGAUUAUUAUGUUGAUGACGAAGUCUUUGGCGGUCAUGAUGGUCAUGUAAUUGUUGCUAAUUUGAUAGUAGACACAUUUAUUAUUUUUGUUACUUUGGAUAUUUUGGAUAUUAUUCAAGUUUAUUUUAAUUCAUGUAACUUAUAUUAUAUAAGUUGAAAGACAAACAAAUUAUAUAUUUUUAAAAUGUCGUUUUUUUAUUACUCCACAUUCUAUAAGUCAAAUGAACUAAUAAAUUGUUAAACGUU